CACCACGUUGUGCAAAUCCACACUCCAAUAAGAAAAUCAGUGUCCUCCUUAUUUCCAAGAUGUACGAAAGCAAGAAAAUGGCCCCUCAUUGUCUGAUUCUCUGCUCUGUGGUUCGACGUCUAUGGAAGUCCUCCCCUUGGUGGAAGUGGCUUAAGGAUUGCUCUCACAUGUCUAUGCGAGAUAUCUUUUUUAAGGUUGCUGAUGUGGUGGAUGAUAGUGAGCUUGAUCUGUUCUGUGUCUGCCUUUGGAGGCUCGGGGUUUGUGUGAUGCGGAGAACCGCAGCCUUCCCAGGGAAGGAGAUUGUCGCUGGGUUCCGCCUAAGCGGACCUACCUGCGUCUUGAUGUGGAUGUGGCGAGGAAAGAAGGGGGCUGUGUAGCUGGGGUUGGAUGCAUUGUCCGCAACUGGAGAGGCGAGCCUAUAAUGGCUGUAGCGCAGCAGAUCGGGAGUACCACUUCUGCUCUAAUGGGAGAACUACAAGCUAUGGUGAUUGGUAUUGGACAUUGCCUUCAUAGAGAUCUUGGUCCUGUUAUUGUCUUUUCCGACUCUCUCCUAGCGGUUCACGUUGUUCAUGAUGAGAAAGUGAGUGCCGACUUUAUGCGAUGAUUUGAGCGAGACUUUUGCUUUUGCUCGCGAGGCUUGUGUGGUGGAUUUCCGCCAUGUUCGUAGAGAGGCUAAUUGUGUAGCCCAUUCUUUAGCGAAUUUCGCUAUUUCUUGUGCCUAUGUAAGGAUUUGGGAGUCAGCUUUCCCGAGCUGGCUUCUCGGCUUGAUUCAUCGGGAUUAUCAUUAAUAUAG